AUGGGGUGGUUUUCGCAUUCGCACAAGACAGAUCAGAAGCCCACAGACGAGCUUCGCGCAAAUGUGCAGACGCUCCUCGAGGGCAACCCCGCCCUGCAAAUGUUUGCAUCGGACGCCUGCCUGACCAGGUUUCUGGUGGCAAGGAACAACAACGUCCACAAUGCAACCUAUGCACUGCGGAGAACGUUGCAAUGGCGUGCCCGCUUCAAGCCGGAGAACAUCUACUGGGAUGACGUCAAGGCCUGUGCAAGCGGCGGCAGGCUUGAGCUGCUGUCACAAGCUGAUAGCCUCGGCCGGCCCAUUUUGCUCUAUCGCCUGAGGGCGCCAUCCAAAAAGGGGACCACAGCCGAUGAGUACAUGCGCUUCUGGGUCUACAUGCUGGAGUGCACCUGUAGGAUGGCAGACAACACCGGUGCUGGCAAGGUAGUGGUCGUGUUCGACAUGCAUGGUUACUCAGAUCCCAACACCAUCAUGCCAACAUUCCUGACGAGGAUAGAGCUCAUCCGCACCGCUCAAGCGCACUUCCCAGAGCGGCUGGCGCUGGCAUCGGUGUGCAACCCGCCGCUGAUCUUCUGGGCGCUGUGGCGAUCCAUUGUGCCCUUCCUGGACCCCAUCACCAAGAGCAAGGUGGCGUUUGCGAGCAACGUGGAGCAGAUACAGGAGGCGCUGCAGCCGACCAUCUCCCCGGACCUGCUUUACGAGUCCCUGGGCGGCAGCAAGCCGGAAAAGUUCGAGUUCGCGCACCUGGACCAGCACAUGCGCGCGAUGGACGCCGAGCGCCGCGCUGAGCUGUCGGCCGCCUCGCUGCUGACCGCCAAGGCCGCACACUCCGACGCAGACGAGCACAUGCUCGAUGCAAAGCCCCUCAGCGCCCGCCGCGCCGGCCUGGUCGACGCCUGA